UAAUCUCGAAAUGGCUGCGAGCAAAACAGGGGAAACAUAAACUCUCACCAUGACGCUAGCGAACAAAUAACUAUCGGCAAAAUAUGAAUGCCACCGAACCGGAUAUAGUAGUGGCAAGAGGCCAACUGGACUCAUCGUAUAGAAGCCCAGAGUACACACUGGAGUUCACGGGUGCCGCCUACAACAAUGCCAUAGAAUUCAACCUCACCUUCGAUAACAUCAGCGCCUACAAUAUCUCCAGCGAACCAGAAGGUCUUUGGAAUGACUACAUCAAGCUUCUUCAUGACAGAGCGUUGCUCGUGUCGUUUCUGCUAUUAUUCUCCUUGACGACAGUCUUUGGAAACAUGCUAGUUAUAUUGGCCGUAGUACGCGAACGAUACUUGCACACCUCAACGAAUUACUUCGUGACUUCCCUUGCAGUGGCCGAUUGUCUCGUCGGACUUGUGGUUAUGCCUUUUUCGGCCCUAUACGAAGUUUUAGAACAUACUUGGUUCUUCGGUGUCGAUUGGUGUGAUGUGUGGCGUUCGUUAGAUGUUUUAUUCAGUACCGCUUCCAUUUUGAACUUGUGCGUGAUCUCACUGGACCGUUACUGGGCUAUCACGGACCCGAUAACAUAUCCUAUGCGAAUGAGCGGACGCAAGGCAGCUUUCCUAAUAGCCGCCGUGUGGGUGUGUUCCGGUGCGAUAUCGUUCCCCGCGAUCGCGUGGUGGCGCGCUGUUCGCACUGAAGAAGUUCCCGAUUACAAGUGCCCGUUCACGGAAAACUUGGAGUACAUUAUAUUCUCGUCGACAAUAUCGUUUUAUUUGCCGCUUUUCGUGAUGGUGUUCACUUAUUAUAGAAUAUAUAGGGCGGCAACAAUACAAACGAGGUCACUUAAAAUCGGCACUAAACAAGUGAUGAGACCGAGUGGUGAAUUGGAGUUGACGCUGCGGAUCCACAGGGGCGGGACGAUGCGUCAGCGAAACGACGUUUGCCACGGAGUAUGCACGCCCGAAGAAGCUGAUCAAGAACCACUAACAGCACUCCAGAACAAUGGUCUAUCGCGAUCUUCUACGCGUCUAACAAACGUGACUCACGGCAAGCAUUUGCCGAAAAACUUUUCGCUGUCCCGUAAACUAGCCAAAUUCGCGAAAGAGAAGAAAGCGGCCAAGACUUUAGGUAUAGUUAUGGGUGUGUUCAUAGUGUGCUGGUUACCGUUCUUUGUGGUGAACUUGUUAUCGGGAAUUUGUUCGGCGUGCAUAGCGCACGAGGAGAUCGUUAACGUGGUCGUAACGUGGCUGGGUUGGGUGAACUCUUCCAUGAAUCCUGUUAUAUACGCCUGUUGGAGCAGAGAUUUUAGAAGGGCUUUCCUAAGAAUACUAUGCGUGUGCUGCCCAAGGAAACUAAGGAGAAAAUACCAGCCACAGUUAAGAUUCAAACAGUCACAGGUAAAAUAUUAAUGAACAACAUUUUCUUUUUCGUUUGUAAAAGAGGAAUAUUUAUUUGAUUUGCAUUAGACGAAGCUUCUUAUUUAGAAGAUCAUAGCGUUAUUUUACUUUUCAGUUGCGUACGACUCGACGUUAUUACUCAUCGAGCGAACUGAUGGGCAUACAGCAGAUCAGGCAAAAUUCCUGCGAACAAACUUAUAUAUAGCGACUCUCCUUCAGAAUUCACCUCCAAAUUUCGAAGUGUGCUUUGACAUGAAUUUGCCGAUUAGUUUCUUCCAAAAGUUUCUUUAUUAUUCUAAAUGAGAUUAGUGAUCAUCGUUCAAGUUUUGUCCGUUGAGAAAUUAAUUUCGGACAAUAUUCUUUAAAGUCUAAAUGGAUUUAUUUCAUCGUAUAAGAAAACAAACUGAGGUACGUUAAGUGUGAUUGUGGUCCUCACUUAUUGCACUUU